GGGCAACACCGAGCUGAAAUUGUCUACUACGUAUACUAUGGCUCUCCAUCCAGGGCUCCCCAGCAGUCUAGCGGCCUUCGCACGCUAUUAACUACUAUCAAACUUUGAGCUAUUGCGGGGGGUACUCGGGCUUAAUUCGCUGAACUGUUAAAAGCAGGAUCCCCGAUACUUUCCUUUUCCCUCUUUUACCCCGGCGCAAGAUCUUGAAAAAGCAAACCUGCUUCAAGAGUUGGCGUUAGCCCAGACACUCCUUCUUGAAAUCUUGUCGGUGCUUAUUCGACCCAUGUGGUAAACCACGUUCCGGCCUCUAGGUUCAAGAACCUGGAGACUGUACAUCUACGCAGAUCGAUUCAUUGACCGCAAACCAAUGCAAUAUCAACAACCGACGCUUCUUCAUCAUCCAUAUCAGAAAUCACACGCUCUUUUGUGCAACACUCAUCUGCUCAACUGGCCCACUCCUUUGCCAUGCUGGAUGAAAUGAUGGGAGGCAUGCUGCUUCCCCGGACUACGGAUGAUGGUACAGCUCGCGGACAGCGAGCCCUGGUAGUGACAGCCGUGCUUACCGGACUCUCAAUUGUCAUUGUCGCUAUGCGUAUGUAUGCGCGAGUUGGGUUAAUGAAAUUGACUGGUCGUGAAGAUUAUAUGAUUCUUAUUUCUCUGGUGUUAUCAUGCACGUACCUCGGUCUUGUUGCUGCUGAGGUGCAUUUUGGUCUCGGAAAACAUGACGCCGAUUUGUCUGACGUUGUUGUGAAAGAGCAAUUGAAGCGACUCUGGGCCGCUAUCCCUUUCUAUAACGCCAGCUUGAUCUUUACCAAAUUUUCCAUUCUUUUCCAGUAUCUUCGGAUCUUCCCCGACCGCCGCUUCCGGCUUGCCUGCUGGAUCGUGUUUGGUAUCGUGGCUACUUACGGAACAUGGGCAGUAGUCAGUGGUUUCUUGAACUGUGUCCCAGUCGCCAAAUUCUGGAACCGCAACAUCUCCGGCUACUGCCUUAGUUUCGAGGCCGUCUGGUUCUUCAACGCAUCGAUGAACAUCGCUACAGACACAACCUUGUUAAUCUUGCCGAUGCCUCUUCUGUCGCAAUUGCAACUUCCGCGCAUGCAGAAAUUAGCUCUUAUGGGUGUCUUUGCUAUUGGUGGACUCGUCGUGAUCACGAGUAUCCUCCGUCUAUCCAGUCUGAGAAGCGUAGCUAAAAGCACAGACACGUCUUACAGCAAUGUUGGCGCUGCCUAUUGGACCGCUGCAGAAUGCAACGUCGCCAUCAUCUGCGCCUGCCUACCAUUCCUUCGUCCAAUCGUCAGUCGCAUCUUCCCUCGUUUCCUCUCGACCAACAGCUACAACCGCUACACUCGCAACCCCACCAUGACAGCCAGUCGCAUGACCGCCACUCGGAUGACCGCGCGCUCGCACCGGCAAAAGGUCGAGCUUUACUCCCAGGACCGCGACUACGGCAUGUACACCAUCGACGUCAAGUCCGGCGAAGCGAGCCACGAUAGUGCGCUAGACGGAAUCGCAGUCACGACGACAACGAUGAUUCAGGAGACAUCGAGAAACAAUGACGAGUCGACCAGUCAGCGUCGAUUGGUUGUUGAUGUCUGAUGAUCUCCGACCUUUCCUAAUUUCGCACACACUCACUAUUUCCCAUACAUUCACGAACUUACUUUCUUCUGAUACCACGAUGCAUGAUAUAUGACGCUGCAUCUUCAACAUUACCCCCUCUUUUUUUUUAUUUACUCUCUGAUCCUGAUAUCCCACACCUGCGUCUCGUUUCACACAUACCUACCUAUCCGUCCACCUUCGUGUACAUUCUUCUCAUUCUUCGGAUGUCUAAUCAUCGACGACUUUAUGACCAUGCUACAAGCUGAACCCCUCUUUCUUCUUGGUUUUAUGUACAUUCACCCUUCUUUCGCUCAUCUAACGAGCUCCCAACAUAAUACAUCUGUACAACAGACAUUAAUACUAAAUAGUAGACGGAAAACCCAGUAGAUAAAUCGUUAGAAAAAUCAAAC